CAGCCCAUAACUUCUCUUGACUUCCAUCUCGUGGCGCCUCUCCACGGUUUGGCAGUCGCCCCCUGAACAUCCAUCAAUCCCAUCAUCGCAGCCAACCAAACUAGCAUCAUCGCAAAGCGCGUCAAUUUCCGCUUUCGACUCUCGACCUGACCUUCCGAGCAGGCCUGGAGUCCCGCAUUUUUAUUUCAUUUUCGCUUCUGCGAAUUCGCGACCUCGACCACCAAAAAAACCGAGGACGUGGUCGAUUACGCGCCCGAGAUAACAUCAGACACGCACCCGAUCGACCAUCGCACGCGGCGUGAAAAGUGCCGAAACAAUCGCGACAGCUGCUUUUCUUGAUCGCGUCGUCGCUUUCAAUUCCCCUGGACCAUUUCAGAAAUUCAAUCGCCACUCCUGGCUCUCCGUAUACGUCGCGUCACGUCGCACAGCGCGAACAGAAUAGUCGCUCGCUUGCACAAUGUCGAUGCAUCCGGGUUACCGGGGCGGAGCUGCGCCUCCGCAGCCGAAUGGCCCCUCUCGACUGAACGAGCUGCUGGAAGGCAUCAGGGCCGAGUUCGAGGCUUCUGCGCGCGCCGCCGAGAAUUACGAGCACCAGAUUAAUACUCAGAUCAAUGAAAUGCACAUGGUCCGAGAAAAGGUGUACCAAAUGGAGCAGACACACGUGCAAUUGAAGGCCAAGUAUGAGGAAGAGCUUGCUCAUCUCCGUCGCCAGCUGGAGGGCCGAGGAGGAGGCAUGCCACAGGGAGCCAUUGGAGGUCCCUCACAACACGCAGGCCCCGCGCAGCCCCCCAACAUCGGUGUCGGCAACAAUGUCUUUGGUGCCAUCAUGUCUGGGCAGACUGGUCAACCUUUGGCACCACCUCCUCCGCCUCCGCAGGAGCAACAGCCGCCACAGCACCAGAUGGCGCAACCUCCGCCCGGUCUGUCCGGCCCUCCGCCUCCGCCACCACCCCCAUCGCAGCAGCCGCCAUUCCAGCAGUAUCCCCAGCCGCCCGGUCCGGGAAACUUCCCUUCACAGCCCCCUCAGAGCACCGCCUCUCCAGGCCCUGGUAAGCGUGGGGCUAUAGGAAGGCCUCCUGCGGGCGGCCCGGCGACUCCCCAGAUCAACAACCCGAUGCCAUAUCCAGGCCCAGGACAGUCUCCGCAAGUCCCCAACCACCCGACCCCUGACCACCCCCGAGGACUUGCACAACACCAGCCGCCCCAGCCGCCGCCUGGCAACGCCCUGGGUGACCUUGAUAUCGAGCGUAUUCCCUCGCACUUUAAGAAGAGCCGAGACGAUUGGUGGGCCAUCUUCAACCAGGCCGUGCCUCGUGUGCUGGACGUUGAUCUGGUACACACCCUUCAGCAUGAGAGUGUGGUCUGCUGUGUGCGGUUCAGCGCAGACGGCAAGUACGUCGCAACCGGUUGCAAUCGGUCUGCCCAGAUUUUCGACGUCAACACUGGCGAAAAGGUCUGCGUUUUGCAGGACGAUAACGCAGACACUACUGGUGAUCUCUACAUUAGGAGUGUUUGCUUCAGCCCCGAUGGCAAAUACCUGGCCACGGGUGCUGAGGAUAAGCAGAUCAGGGUUUGGGAUAUCACCACCAGGACAAUCAGGAUUCAAUUUGCGGGACAUGAGCAAGACAUUUAUUCGCUUGACUUCGCGCGUGACGGCCGCACGAUUGCUUCCGGAAGUGGAGACCGCACCGUCAGGCUUUGGGAUAUCGACAGCGGCACAGCCCUCACGGUCUUUACGAUUGAGGACGGUGUGACCACAGUAGCCAUAUCCCCAGACACCAAAUAUGUCGCCGCUGGCUCCUUGGACAAGAGCGUUCGCGUCUGGGAUCUCACGCAGGGUUGCCCUGUGGAGCGUCUUGAGGGACCUGAUGGCCACAAAGACAGUGUCUACAGCGUGGCGUUCUCUCCUAACGGCAGGGACCUUGUCACCGGAAGUCUUGAUAAGACCAUCAAACUGUGGGAGCUUGCCACACCUCGCGGCAACAUGCAGAACCAAGGAUCUAAAGGUGGCCGCUGUGUCAAGACCUUUGAGGGUCAUAGGGACUUUGUUCUCAGUGUCGCCCUGACCCCUGAUAACCAGUGGGUCAUGUCGGGAUCCAAGGAUCGCGGCGUCCAGUUCUGGGAUCCUCGCACAGGAUCAACGCAGCUCAUGCUGCAAGGCCACAAGAACUCGGUCAUCUCGGUCGCACCCAGCCCAACUGGUGGCUUCUUCGCCACCGGUUCCGGUGAUAUGCGCGCUCGUAUCUGGUCUUACACUCGCAUGGACAACCGUAUGGCGUAGGAUGCAUCGCGUGUUGGAUCGCCAUCCCUACACUCUCUAAAGUUCCAGUACGAAGACUGCUCGGAUGACGGUUAUGACCACUCCGUGUCAGGAUAUUGAGGAGAGGCGCGGAUCUUGCUGCUGUUGAUGGAUCCAAUAAAAGUACGGGCUUGCUCGUGUUUUUUGAGAGCGGGAUGACCACGUGCCUGGGAUGCAAGUUUGGGUAAUUGGUUCGCGCGCCCACAUAGCACCAUCGGCUUUGGUUGCACAGGCUUAAGUUUGUUAUAGUAUUACUUUCGAUUAUGCUCAGGAAAUGAGGAGUGGCGCAAGAGAUGGUUUCUUUGGGUUCUUUUUUAUUUUCUUUUUUCUUUUUUCGGCUUCAGAACGAGCGGGGCUUCUCUUGUCACGUCAGGUCGUCGACUUGGCGGGUAUAUAGCCCCGAGCGACUGCGGCGUGACUGAGGUGAGGAAGCAGAGUUGUAUCUAGUACGUGUCCUUAUUGUAUUCCCAAAAAAAUCCAAGAUCCACCACUGGGGUUUGCAGAUAACAUAUAUCAUA